AUGGACGUCAACAACGCUUUUCUUCAUGGCGAUCUUGAAGAAGAAGUGUACAUGAAGCUUCCGCCUGGUUUUCGUCACUCUCAUCUUGGAAAGGUUUGCCGUUUGCGUAAGUCUCUGUAUGGGCUCAAACAGGCUCCACGUUGUUGGUUUAAGAAGCUCUCUGACGCUUUGCUUCGUUUUGGCUUUGAGCAGUCUUACGAUGACUAUUCUCUGUUUUCGUAUUCUUGCAAGAACAUUGAGCUUCGGAUGUUGGUUUAUGUUGAUGAUCUCAUUAUCUGUGGUAAUGAUGGUUAUAUGCUCCAAAAAUUCAAGGAUUAUUUGAGUAAGUGCUUCUCCAUGAAGGAUUUGGGGAAACUGAAAUAUUUUUUGGGAAUCGAGGUCAGUCGAGGACCGGAUGGGAUCUUUCUCUCACAACGCAAAUACGUUUUGGACAUUGUCGCUGAAACCGGUAACCUUGGAUCCAGGCCGGCUGAGACUCCUCUUGAGCAACAUCAACAGCUUUCUACUGUCGUGAGUCCUCUGUUAGAUGAUCCUAAGAAGUAUCGACGGUUAAUGGGGCGUCUCAUUUACCUUCUUAACACUCGUCCUGAGCUUAGUUACUCCGUGCAUUUGUUGUCACAGUUUAUGAAGGAGCCGACAGAAGCUCAUUGGCAAGCUGCUUUACGUGUGGUUCGCUAUUUAAAAGGAUCUCCUGGUCAGGGAAUUUUUCUCUCCUCAGACCCGGAUCUCUCGCUUACAGUGUACUGUGACGCCGACUACAAUUCAUGUCCCCUCACACGUCGUUCUUUGAGUGCGUUUGUAGUUUUGCUUGGUGGCUCUCAUGUUGCUUGGAAAACAAAGAAACAGGGCACCAUGUCUUUCUCUUCCGCUGAAGCAGAGUAUCGUGCCAUGGCCUAUACUCUCCGCAAAAUAAAAUGGUUUCGACGGGUUUUACAAGGCCUCGGCAUUGAUCAGUCUAAACCAACACGUCUGUUCUGUGAUAAUAAAGCUGCCAUUCAUAUAGCUUCGAAUCCAGUCUUCCAUGAGCGUACCAAGCAUAUUGAGUCCGAUUGUCAUGAUGUUCGUGAUGCAGUUCAGGAAGGUGUCAUUGUCACAGAUCAUGUUAGAACGGGGGAGCAGUUUGCAGACAUUCUCACAAAGGCGUUAGGUCGUGCACCAUUUCAGUACUUGUUGUCCAAGUUGGGCGUUCAAAAUCUCCACGCUCCAACUUGA